UCCUCCAAACCAACCAAAACAUCCCAAAGCAGCUUUGGAGCAAAGCCCAGGAACUUGCCUGCAAAACAACCCUCACUCUAGAGCCGGCAAGUUCUUGGUGAGGCUUCAUUCCGGGCGAGGAAUAAAACACGGAUUUCUUGCAAAGAAUUCAAAGGGCAGCCGAGUCUGUGCUGGCCGCUGGGAAAGGCACCGUGCUAGCCCCAAAGCUGCUGUCUGCAGCCGCUUUCUCUCCUCAGUCCUGCGGAAAGCUGCGGAUUCGCCACAAUUGUUAGUGCUGUGACCGGAGGUGUGUUGGCCUUUCUCCCUUCUCCUUUCCUGUGGACUGCCCAAGUAACACCGGGGGAAAAAACCUUAUCUAUCCGUGGGGACUCUAGAAAACUCUUUAAAAUAAUUUAGACAUCAUUCCCUCCGCUGAGAUAGCCAGGCUCAGUACACUAUGCCGUGUUGUAUGAGUGUACUGAAGAAAGGUUUUCAAGGUAUUUUUUUUUUUAACAGUGUUCAUAAGAACAUAAUUGUAUUCGGUCGUUAAUCAAAGUAGUUUUGCUGCAACUGUAACUUCCCACUGGCUGCGUGUUCUCAGAGCACUCUGCAUUUUUCCAAUAAAACCUACCUCGGAGGCGCAGCUGGGAGACGGCCUGGGUCAUCUGGAGCAGCACACUGUCGCCCUCUGUGUUUUCUCCCAACCUGAGUGCUUGACCUUCGGAACUUGAGAUCCGUGGUUUCCCUCUCAUCCAUCAGAGGAUCUGCGUGGGACCAAGGCCCACACAUGACUUAAUGAAUAAGAAGGGAAUGCCAGUGCAGAAGAGGACCCAGCAUGACUACUAACCUAUGACUCCUAACAGUAUGACAGAAAAUGGCCUUCCAGCCUGGGACAAACAGAAGCCCCGUCCAGACCGAGGCCAGGACUGGAAGCUGGUAGGAAUGUCCGAAGCCUGCCUGCACAGGAAGAGCCAUGUGGAGAGGCGUGGUGCACUGAAGAAUGAGCAGACAUCCCCACACCUCAUCCAGGCCACUUGGACUAGCUCAAUAUUCCAACUGGAUCCUGAGGAUGUGAACGAUCAGAGCGUCUCAAGUGCCCACACUUUCCAGACUGAAGAGAAGAAAUGUAAAGGGUAUAUCCCCAGCUAUUUAGACAAAGAUGAGCUCUGUGUAGUGUGUGGGGACAAAGCCACAGGGUACCACUAUCGCUGCAUCACCUGUGAAGGCUGCAAGGGAUUCUUUAGAAGAACCAUUCAGAAAAGUCUCCAUCCAUCUUACUCCUGUAAAUAUGAAGGAAAGUGCAUCAUAGACAAAGUCACUCGCAACCAGUGCCAGGAAUGUCGCUUUAAGAAAUGCAUCUAUGUUGGCAUGGCAACAGACUUGGUGCUGGAUGACAGCAAGAGGCUAGCCAAGCGGAAGCUGAUAGAGGAGAACCGUGAGAAGAGGCGGCGGGAAGAGCUACAGAAAUCAAUUGGGCACAAGCCAGAGCCCACGGAUGAGGAAUGGGAGCUCAUCAAGACAGUCACUGAGGCCCACGUGGCCACCAAUGCCCAGGGCAGCCACUGGAAGCAGAAGCGGAAAUUCCUGCCAGAAGACAUUGGACAAGCACCCAUUGUGAAUGCCCCAGAAGGUGGCAAGGUUGACCUGGAAGCCUUCAGUCAUUUUACGAAAAUCAUCACACCAGCAAUCACCAGAGUGGUGGAUUUUGCCAAAAAGUUGCCCAUGUUUUGUGAGCUGCCGUGUGAAGACCAGAUCAUCCUCCUCAAAGGCUGCUGCAUGGAGAUCAUGUCCCUUCGAGCUGCUGUGCGCUAUGACCCAGACAGCGAGACUCUAACUUUGAAUGGGGAAAUGGCAGUGACACGGGGCCAACUGAAAAAUGGGGGUCUUGGGGUGGUAUCAGAUGCCAUCUUUGACCUGGGCAUGUCUCUGUCAUCUUUCAACCUGGAUGACACGGAAGUUGCCCUGCUUCAGGCCGUCCUGCUAAUGUCUUCAGAUCGCCCAGGGCUAGCCUGUGUUGAGAGAAUCGAGAAAUACCAAGACAGUUUCCUGUUGGCCUUUGAACACUAUAUCAAUUACCGGAAGCACCAUGUAACACACUUUUGGCCCAAACUCCUGAUGAAGGUGACAGACCUGCGGAUGAUUGGAGCCUGCCACGCCAGCCGCUUCCUCCACAUGAAGGUGGAGUGCCCCACUGAGCUCUUCCCGCCUCUGUUCUUGGAAGUGUUCGAGGACUAAAUGGACUGGACAGGUUCUUGUCAUUCCUGCAGCACGACUGGGUGUCAUUGCAUUCCACCUGUAGCUUUCUGUUGUUGUUUCUUCGUUUCUUUGUGUCCAGUGAGAUCAUCAGAUGGUCAACAGAUCAUCAGUGGCAUAGACUUGGAUGAAAUUGUCCUUUGAAUAUGGGUCUUUGUAACCAUUGCGUUUUGUUCUCCAGUCCUUAGUGUGAAUGCUUUGAAGGGUUUACAGCAGUGCAGGCUGAGUGGGGGACAAUCAUUGUUUCACCAGCACCAAGUCAUCACCAGCUCCCAUCUGUCCCUGGGCAGACUCAAGCAAGCCAAACAGCAUUUCAGAAGACUAAAGAAGCCUUAAAACUGAGACCACAGUCAUCUUGAUCCAACGUGAUCCAGGUCUGAUGUUUGCAAGAUGAAGCUAGCAGAGCUCAGGCCACCUCGGGUUGAGCAUGGCUUUCAGCACGUACGGGGAGAAGGAGCAGUUUCUACUCAGGAGCUCACCGUUUCCAGCACCCUGACUCUCCAAGCAGCCUGACUUGGAAUGUGCAGGAAUAUCCACACCAUAACAAAUCAACUUUCCUUUCCAU